UAAUCAAAGUCAAUCAUGGUGAAAAUACGUGGAUUGUUGGUCUUUUGUGCGACUCUUGGUGUUUUGGAGGCCAGAAGAUCCUUCUGGCGAGGAAAGAGUUUCCAUGAAUUCUAUGGGGAUCCCAUAAAUCGUCCCUGGAGACAACCUUUGCCUCCUGAAGAGUGGUUUGAACAGCAAUUGGACCCUUUUGAUUCAACCAACAAUGAAACUUGGAAGCAACGAUACUUCUCCAAUAAGGACUACUUUCGACCUGAGGAUGGGCCAGUAUUUCUCAUGAUCGGCGGAGAAGGAACAGCCUCGCCAAGAUGGAUGGUUGAAGGCGCCUGGAUCCACUAUGCUAAGGAAUUCGGGGCUCUCUGCUUCCAGCUGGAGCACCGUUUCUACGGGAAGAGUCAUCCAACACCUGGUGUGACUACAGAUGACCUGAUGUAUCUCUCUUCUGAAGUGGCUCUGGCAGAUCUGAGUUACUUCAUCGUGGAGAUGAAUAAGAAAUACAAUCUGAAUCCUGCUAAUCGCUGGAUUGCUUUUGGAGGAUCCUAUCCGGGUUCUCUGGCUGCUUGGCUGAGAGAGAAGUAUCCCCAUCUCGUGCACGGUGCUGUGAGCUCUAGUGGUCCUCUCCUGGCCAAAGUGGACUUCCGGGAGUACUAUAAUACUGUGACUGAAGCCAUUGCGGAGUGCAGAAAUAGUGUCAAGGAUUCCAUCAAGCAAGUUGAACUGCAGUUACGAACAGAACUAGGAAGACAUGCUCUCAAGGAUCAGUUUCACCUCUGUGAUCCUUUGGACACGUCCAAUGAACUCGAUGUAGCCAAUCUAUUUGAGAAUCUGGCCAGUAUCUUCGCUGGAGUUGUUCAGUACAACAAAACUCCUCGAUCCAAGCAUAAUGUUGAUGAAUUCUGUGGGAUUAUGAAUGACCAGUCAAAAGGGCCACCUGUUAAUCGCCUUGCAAUGUUAAAUAAGAUCAUUCUCGAGGAUGAGAGUAGUCCUUGCUUGGAUUUCAAGUAUGACAAAAUGAUCAGUGAUCUCCAGGCGACGUCUUGGUUAGCUGCAGAAGUUGUGAACGGAACUCGCCAGUGGAUUUUCCAAACUUGCAUGGAAUUUGGCUUCUAUCAGACUUCAGAUAGCCCAUCUCUGGUGUUUGGAGAUCGCUUCCCCGUAGACUUCUUCACUCGCCAGUGCACAGACAUUUAUGGGGAUCGCUUUACGAAAACCUCAAUUGAGAAAUCCGCGCACAACAUCAAUAUCCAGUACGGCGCACUGGACACAAAGGCCACCAAUGUGAUCUAUGUGCAUGGAACUGUGGAUCCUUGGCACACUCUCGGGCUCACGGAAUCGAACGACGUCGGUGUGAAGACAAUAUUGAUUCAAGGAACGGCGCACUGUGCGAAUAUGUACGAACCUCGGGAUGAAGAUCUGCCCCAACUUAAGCAGGCGAGGCUGAAAAUAAAGAACUUCAUUGCUGAGCUCUUGAGGAACUGAUGGGGGAGCUUCCAUGGUAACUGAAAGGACGCUUUGAGUUACCCAAGUUACCAAUAAAUAAAGCGUUACAAUAAAAGUGGUUUUUACUUUAUGGUCUUUCUGGUCAAGAUUGA